CGCCUAUCGUUUUCUGCAAUAGCAAGCUUUCUGCAGGCAAUGGGUUCCGUACCUCCCUGCCGUGCUUUUCUAAAACGAUACAUCGUGCUUGCUAGGUUUAAGUAAGUGCAUUUCAACCUCGCUUACUACGCAAAAACAGCUGAUAGAUCUCAUUAACAAUCAAUUCCCCUGUACGUUCCAUGGGAAAAAAACACUUAAUUAAGUCAAGUUUCUUCGUAGUGGAUCCAAUGAAUAAAAGGAAUCUUAUAAUUUCGAAAUCUGAAACGGUGAGAAAAAAAAAAAGGGUUUAGAAUAGAAAUGUGGUGCUUGCUCCAUGUUGCUUGCGCAGGUGCCGUAAUACACGCACCGCAAUCAAUAGCCGUUAUUUGCACCAUAAAAGAAACCCCAUCUCAGUCACCGCGCCCACCGUCUAAUUCCCGUUAUUACUCUUUGAUUUUACCCAAUGUACGAUAGAACCGUCAUAUAUUAUAUAUAUGAGUUAAAAGCUUAUAUAUGUCUUACACCAGACAAUCUCCAUCAUACGGACUGACACAAACCGGUUGUACUAUCGGUCAUACCAUUCUACUUGUCCAACUGGCAAAACGAUAUAUAUAUAAAUUCGGUUUGACAAACCUUGUACCUAUCCUUCCCCUUAUCCUUCCCCUUAACAAUUCCUACUCAUAAUCCAAACUUUUUCUUUUAUUUUGCUAGAAUGAUAUUAAUAUCGAUAUUUUAGUACUCUCAUUUAUAAAAAAAAAAUUUAAAUUACUUCUAAGAGUUGUAAAAACGAAUCUAAAAUGGUCUGACCCGUAAAGUUAGCCAAAACUCAAUAAAAUAAUCUAUAUUGUGUCCUUAAUUAGCAGGUUAUCAUAAAAAUAAAAAAAAAUUAAUAUGUCCUACUCGUACAAUUGAAACGUACACCCUUCGAUCUAAUCCUACUUAUCUCCCCAACUAUAAAUAUCCCACUCCUCUCCUUAUCAAAACUCACACACACAACUCUCUCUAUCCCACGAUUCAUUUCGACGGUUUCCCUUUUUUUCUCUUCUUUCACUUCCCCAACACACAAAAAUGGCAAUUCACUCUCACCUCAUUUCCCUUCUCUUCCUCGCAACAACAAUCACCGUCCUCAUCAUCUCUCCACCCACAUCGGCCGCAGCUCGACGGCCGCAGUUCAACGUGGUCCGAUUCGGAGCCAGACCCGACGGUCGGACCGACUCCACCAGGGCCUUCCUGACCACGUGGAGCCGGGCCUGCGGUUCGAAGGGUCGGGUCAUAAUGCUGGUUCCCAAAGGACGGUUUCUGGUCCGAAACAUGCAGUUCACCGGGCCAUGCAAGAACCGGUCCAUCUUCGUUCGCAUUCUUGGCACCAUUGUCGCUCCAAACAACAUAUGGACCACCGGGAACAGUCCGCAUUGGAUCGAGUUCCACGGCGUCAACGGCGUCACCAUCUCCGGCGGUGUCCUCGACGGCAAGGGCGCCGCCUUGUGGGCUUGCAAGAAGGCCGGCCGGAGUUGCCCUAACGGUGCUACGACGUUGAGCAUAUCAAACUCCCAGAACGUGGUGGUGAGUAGGCUGACGUCGCUGAACAGCCACAUGUUCCACAUGGUCAUCAACUUCUGCCGCAACGUGAAGCUGCAAGGCGUCAGGAUCUCCGCUCCGGGGAACUCCCCCAACACCGACGGAAUCCACGUCCAGUUCUCCACCGCCGUGAGCAUCGUCAGCUCCAAGAUCGCCACGGGCGACGACUGCGUCUCCAUCGGCCCCGGCACCGCCAACAUGUUGGUGGACAAAGUCACAUGUGGCCCCGGCCACGGCAUCAGCAUUGGGAGCCUGGGGAAGGAUGUGAACGAGCAAGGAGUGCAAAACGUGACGGUUAGGUCGACCACAUUCGUCGGCACAACAAACGGGUUCAGAAUCAAGGCAUGGGGGAAGCCCAGCAAUGGGUUCGCCAGAAACAUUCUCUUCCAGCAUGCCACCAUGUACAAUGUGCAGAAUCCCAUCUUCAUCGACCAGCGUUACUGCCCCGACAAAAACUGUGCCGAUCAGGGGUCGGGGGUUCGAGUGAGCGACGUGACGUACCAGAACAUCCAGGGAACGUCGGCGAGCCAAGUGGCGGUGAACUUCGACUGCAGCAACAGGUCGCCCUGCCGUGGGAUCCGACUGAACAAUGUCAGGCUGACGUACAGGAAUCGAGCGGCGGUUGCGUCGUGUAGAAAUGCCGACGGAACUGCUUACGGCUUCGUCCAGCCCAGGAGCUGCCUGUAGAUCACAUCCCAGCAGAUCGAGUAAUUAAUGGAAUCAUACUUGAAAAUUUGAAUGUUCUAAUUGAAUUAUUAGUUGACAAAUUUUCACAUGGUGUGUAACAUUUAUUAUAUUAUAUAUGCUCGAGCCUGUGGCAUGUCCAGCACUUAUCUCGGGGAUGCUUGUGGAGCCCGGCUUUGUAUUUUACGAUUCAUCAACAUAUCAAUGGAAAAUCGUACUACGAUUCCUUUCUCUAAGGAAUUCCAUAGGGUGCUCUUCUCUGUAAUUUGCAUAACUUGAAGAACACAAGAGAUCUGUUAACGUGGUCCAUAUGUAUAUUAGGAAAUCUCCUUGAAUGGUAGCUUCCUCACGAGAGACUACAUAUAUAUUAGGAAAUCUCUUAUUGCAAUCUCUAAGCCUGAGAUGAUUUCUCUUCACACCAGAGAUAAUCAAUCCGUAUAGAUCGAUCGACUAACAAUCGAAAGCUUCCGAAUCACACUUCAAUAUUACUCGACAAAAUCAAAAUUUUCUAGGGGAAGACCUCUCUCUUAGGAUCGUUAGCGAUUAUCCUUUUCCAGGGGCCAAAGGAAAGGCUUUUGGCCAUCAAAUUAAAAGACGAUUUUCGGUGGAUUCGUUGAAACCACACUCUCGUAUUCUCGUCCUUUUUCAGAUCAUUCUUUAUACUUUGAUCUAAGGGGCACUCUCUGGACCGCCAUUUUUUCUGAGUUGCUUCUAGUUCAGGAGUUAUGAUGUCUAGUCCACAUAUACAUGAUGAUUCUCUAUGAUAUACUUUGGCCUGAAAUAUUGAAAAACUACCCAAAAAGCAUCAAAUAUGUAUAAACACUCCUAGAGACUAACAAACGCAUGUUUGAGCACAAAUAAAGCAAAUCCUAGUCAUUGAUCUGUAAUUUCGACAAUGUUGCUGUAUAAUAGGAGCUCUUACAACAAUAUGAGGGUGGCUCCAAGAGGACGAGUUAGGAUGGUUACUAUUUUUUUAGUAAUCAUCGUGGCUAUCUACAUCGCCACACUUUAUUCUCAAUAUUUUUAAAAUGAUGUUCUUGAUUGAUUAAGGUUAAUUUUGAAGAAAAAAUAACACCAAAUUACUAUCGUUAAAAUAUAAUUUUCAAUAUAUUCUCUCAAAUCCUAAAUAAUUAUAUAUCUCCAACCUUGACAAAUCACCAUCUCCCUCCCUUCCUCCUCUCUCUUCUCGGCGAACAGCCAACCUCCCGCCAUCACUCCUCCUGACCAACCUCCGCCAUUCCUUUCCUCUCGCUCACCCUUUGCCAUCCCUCUCCAGUCUCCUCUCCUCUCCUCCCAACCCCACCUCACCACCCCGCCCUCCCACCCACCACCAUACAUCACCACCAUUGCCCUCCUCCUCUCAUCUCUCUCUAUCUCCCUCCUCCCCACCCCCUCACAAUCUCUCUCACAGACGGCUGGAAAAUGUGGGAUGAAUAAGAAAUCAUUUUAUUUGGUAGUAUUUUUUUGUAGUGGUAGUGUUUUUUCACAUUGAUAUUAUUUUUUCCAUAUUGGUAUUGAUUAUCAUGUAAGCGUAUUGUUUUUUUUUUGUGAAAUGGCAGUGUUCUUUUCUCUUCGCAUUAGUAUUAUUUUUCUCUCUUUUGUAUCCAUUGGUAUUGAUUAUCAUACAAUGAAAUUGAUUUGCAUGUAUUGGUAUUGAUUAAAUCUGCAAUGAUAUUUGUGUUUUGAGAAAUGAUGGUAUUUUUAUUUUUUGUCUUGGUGUUUUGUGCAUUGGUAUGAUAUUUGUGUUUUGAGAAAUGAUGGUAUUUUUAUUUUUGGUCUUGGUGUUUUGUGCAUUGGUAGUGUUUUUUUAAUGGAUUGAUAUUAUUUUAUUGUUGCAGCGGUAUUAGUUCGACUGAACCAGGGGCGGAGCCAGGAUUUCGAGACCGGGGGGCAAAAAUAAUUAAACAAAAUAUAUGUAGCCAAUGUAGUCAAAAUCCCGAUUUUAAUCUUAAAAUCUUACGAUUAUACGAUCUUACCUAUGGGUUCCGAUCCUGAUUUUACUGUAAAAUCUUUGAACCUUAAAAUCCCAUAAAAUCCCGAUUUAAAACUCUAAAAUCCAUAAAAUCUACGAUUUCUAUGAUUUUGUACGAUUUCAAGGUUCAUAUUAAUUGGAUCAAAAUUAGGCCGGCCAAGUUGGGUUAUGCCCAUGAACCGAGUCAAAUUUACUUUCCCCAACCCAACAUAAUGAACAACACAACCCCAACCUGAUAGUUAACCCUCAAUUUAUUUUCAUUCUCUUCCUCGUAUCUUCCUCUUUCGCACGUCGGCGCCCAACUCCUUCCAUCAACGAUAUCUUCCACCCUCCCAAUUAGCUUGUAGUUUGUUCCCACCACCCUCACAAUAAUCCAAAUCUCCAUUACAUUGCAAGCUUUUGUUCAUCUCCCAAUCCUUCAGCACCACUAACCCGACCUUUUAUCAAUUAAGAAGGGAAUGCAUCAAUCAAUGAGUUAUCUUUUCCAGAUGAUGGUAAUCAAGGAAAUAUGGUGAAAGUACUUCAAGUGAUCAUAAGAGUAAUGAUAUUAGUCCUUAAACAAAUAAAAAACGAUGAGAGUGAGGGAGAGGUUGAGGAUGAUGACGAUGAUGUGUAAGUGAUGUUAAUGUUGAUCCUAACGAUCUUAUGUGAUUUUCUACUCUUAACAAUUAAUUAACAAUGAUAUCUAUAAUGUUUAAGGUUUCUUAUUUGUGUGUUUCUAUUAUGUACAAGAAAAAUAUAUGGAUUAGUUGUGUCUGUUUAGCAAACAAACUAAUCUUGGGAAAUAAUUAUGCUUUAUGUGG